AUGAGCCCCCCCAUAGACCCCGUGGAAGACCCCGACCGGAUUCACCAGUUAGUGCAAAUGGUUGAGGAGUAUCAGCAGCAAGAUCAACAGGCCCAUGAAACCAUCAUCCAGGCCGGGGAGUUAGAUGAAGCCACGCCAUGGUUGAAUCGGACGGGGUGGGUUCGGUAUUUACAAGGGACCCCCCGGCAGCCAUUAUUCGAGAGUACCCAGCGCCCCGAGGAGGAUGCCGAGGGACCAGAGCGUAUCGCAUUGGUCAUUUGGGAGGCCAUGGAGCGAUUGGCAUCGGUGAGCCAGGAGAUCGCCAAGGCGUGCGGGCAUUUAGUACGCAUUGAUGUGGUCCGUACGAUGAAGGACGAGAGUCCACAUAAGCCAUUAUUGGCAUAUUUAGAUGCCACCGCCAUUCAAAAGCAUGUGGCACCGUGGCAGCAGAUUAUGAUGUUUUUUGCACGAACCCAGCAGCAGUUAUGGGAUGCCGUGUGGCGCCAUGCCCAGGCCCAGGCCAGUUGUCCCGACCCCGAGGAUGAUGAGCCCGAGCCAUUCGAGAUUCGUCCCAUCGAGCAUGCAUUAUUAACGUUUUGCAUCGAUUUAUUACGCCAGAAGAUCCGCAACGAUGAAUAUGGAUGUGCCAUGAUUUGUGCCACCGCCGUGAUUGGAUGCGGGCAGUUUGGUUGGGCCACGCCCGAGAAUUUCCCCCCCCCGGAUAUCCAGUUUGAUCAAGAUCGCGCGGUUUUUUAUUUUGCACAAAGCAUUGCGGUUAGACCCCCGGUCAUCGGAGAUCCGUCGUGGGUUCGCCGGGCAGCAGAACCCGCCAUGGUUUGA